UCAAUUAGUGUUCUCGAAUUUUUGAACCAUCUCUACCUAAAACCAACGCACAAGAAACUCAGAAAAAUUGCUUCGUUCGGAAUAGUAUGCGAAUUUGUUCACAGUGGAUUCAACGAAUAAAAUGGCCGUUGGACCGACGGAGGGCAAGCAGCCUCCUUCAGAGACAUUCUCGCCAACACAUCACCAGAUUAUAGCACCCAGUCCCAUACUGGCGGUGCCGACUCUUGCAUUUUCCGCCGCCCAAGUGGAAAUUGUUUGCAAAACCCUGGAGGACUCGGGCGACAUUGAGCGCCUAGCACGAUUCCUAUGGAGUCUGCCGGUGGCUCUGCCGAACAUGCACGAGAUAUUGAACUGUGAGGCCGUGCUCCGGGCGAGAGCUGUCGUUGCCUAUCACGUCGGAAACUUCAGGGAGCUUUAUGCAAUUAUAGAAAAUCAUAAAUUUACAAAAGCAUCAUAUGGCAAGCUGCAGGCAAUGUGGCUGGAGGCCCACUAUAUUGAGGCAGAGAAGCUCCGGGGCCGAUCUCUGGGACCCGUCGAUAAGUAUCGCGUGCGGAAGAAGUUCCCAUUGCCGCCCACCAUCUGGGAUGGUGAGCAAAAGACGCACUGCUUCAAGGAGCGUACGAGAAGUUUGCUGCGCGAAUGGUACCUACAGGAUCCCUAUCCGAAUCCAACAAAGAAGCGCGAGCUGGCCAAGGCCACCGGGCUAAAUCCGACCCAAGUGGGCAAUUGGUUUAAGAAUCGAAGGCAACGCGAUCGUGCCGCAGCCGCUAAAAAUCGCAUACAACACAAUCAGAACAAUUCGGGCUUGGCCUGCCGCAGCCGUCGACCCGACGGUGCCGCUUCUCCCACGCCGUCGGACAGCUCCGAUUCGGAUAUUUCGCUGGGAACGCAUUCUCCAGUGCCUAGCAGCCUGCAGCUGCAGCACAGUCCCGGCUCCACCUCGAACGGCGCCAACGAUCGGGACGAGAGUCUGAGCGUGGACGAUGACAAGCCACGGGACUUGACCAACUCGCUGCCCUCGCCACAAUUGCCGACGGCAUAUGGCGCCGCCGCUGUGGCUGUAGCUAGUGGUGCGCCCUUGCCCGCCUGUUUGCCCCCCUUUAAGCUGGAUACGGCGACGAGCCUCUUCAAUGCCGGCUGCUACCUGCAAAGCUUUAGCAACCUGAAGGAGAUGUCCCAACAGUUUCCUAUACAACCGAUUGUUAUACGGCCGCACCCACAGCUGCCACAGCCGUUGGCGCUCAAUGGCAGCGGCGGACCCCCGACGCAUCUGCACCAUCCUAGCUAUGCGGCCGCCUACAGCGUUGAGUGUGUGGCUCCUGCUCAUCCUCAUCCUCCACCACCCAAGCUGCGCAUCAAUUCGCCCGAGAAACUAAACUCCACCGCUGUGGCAGCGGCGGCAGCAGCAGCGGGGCCUCCACCCACAUCGCUACAUGCACCAUCGCACGAGCCGACUACAACGUAUCAUCACAGUGCCCAGUUGCUUCACAGACCCUUCUCCACAUCGCCCGAGCUGACCCAGAGUGCGCCCGAAAUCACAUGAUAUCGAAGGACGGAGAUGCGGUCCCCACCCCACGCCCUUGUCGUUGUCCAACUCAAUGAACGGAUGAGAAUGCACUAAGGCCCAGAAAUUCAAAUUGUUUCAAUUGUAAUUUUAAGUCAUUUGUAGUUUAGCCUUAGCACGAUCCUCUCGAGGUGUCUGCAAGCCAAGCAAUAGAGCAGCCGACUUAGUUAACUAUAAAUUACAAGGUACCGGCCACCAACUACCGAGUGCCGAGUCCUGAGUACCGUCUGCCGGCCAAUGAUCAGCAACGAUUUUGGUAAGACUUGCUAGCAAGGUAUUUCCUACACAUAUGUUUACACUCGUACAUACAUAUGUAAAUAAUUAUACAUACAUACUACAUAUGUGGGUAUGAAUGCUGAACUAGGCGCGCAAAUUUAAAUCAGAGAUACUACAUACAUUAGUAACUUCAUCGCACACUUUUCAAAGAUAGCCAUUUAAGCGAUACGCAUAUGGAUUCAACACUUGAGCAGCAGGAGUUCGAUUUUUGCAAUUUGAGCGCAAAUUUUCAUGCUAAUUUGUGUGUGUACUUGUAAAUAGCGUUUAAGUAUGCAAAUCAUAGAGCUUACGAAUACAUUUA